AUGGUCGCCGCUUCACCCCUCGAGACGCGUAGCAAGUCGGGUCGCGGUACUUUCUUCGCCGUAGGAUUGGGCGCCUGUGGCAACACCAACUCUGAUUCCGAUCAUAUUGUGGCACUUGCAACGGCGGAUUAUGACAAUGGGGCGCAUUGCGGCAAGAAAAUCAGCAUUACCGCAAACGGGAAGACGUCCACCGCGACUGUUGAGGAUGAAUGCCCAGGGUGCUCUUCCGGUGACCUCGACAUGUCCCCUUCCCUCUUCGACAAAUUCGCAAACGAAGACGUCGGUGUCGUCAAGGUCACAUGGAAAUACACCUAA